UUGAUAAUUUAGUGAUGCAACAGCCCGCUUUAACCUUGUAUCAUGUGCAAGUUAUGGAGCGAUUGCAUGUCGAUAUUGCGUUUGGAGUUGAUAUCAUUGAAAAUAAUAGCUUUAACAACUUGGUGCCUUUCUUGAAAGCAGAACUUAAGAAAUCAUUUAUGCCCAAGGUACCUCGGGCUGCAAGCAUUGCGGCAGCAGCCGCAAUUGCUAAACAUGAUGGCGGGUCAAAUCCUGAUAAUUCAUCUCACGAACGAUCGAAUCGUAAGGAUGCAUCGAUUAAAGAAGAAAUUUGUGAAGUAAACAAACUUAUCAUUUUUCAACAGCGACAGAGUGGCGCAGGGUAUUGUCUUCGACAUCAUAUUUGUAAAUAUAUCAUGCGUGCUAAGGGAAAUCUAUCAGAAAGCACACUCAGUAAACAUAUAGCCUCAGAUAUGGAGGAAUUGCAGAUUACGAAAUUUCCGGUCGAGCCUGAGGAACGCGAAUUCAUUAAAUAUUGUCAAGAACAAUGUCUUGGUAUCAAAACUCUAAGCUCCGGUCACGUUAAAUUAACUGCAAAUAGCGCGCUAGAAAUUCUUAGAAGACAUGGGAUUUAUAGGGUUUCUUGUGAGGUAUUCAUGGAAACAGAUGGUAGUAUGAUUGAGGGCUAG